AUAUUGUCCUGUAUGCAUUAUUUACAGACUAUAACUGUCCACUUGAGUCGAACAAAUGUCAAAGUGUUUUCAAAUUCAAUGAAUUGUUUAAAAAUUUAAAAAAAGGAAGAGUCUGGUUAAAUGAGGCACUUUAGUCAUAGAUAAACAUGUUGAUCAUAAGUUUUUACAGUGCUUAACAACUUCAUUGUCAUCUGGUGAAGUUGAAGUGUUAGUUAGUUUGUUACAGGCAUUUCCCUCUGGAGGUUAUAUACAUUGCUUUGUUUGUAAUUGAUUUCAAGACUAGCCCAUUUGUUUGUUGUUGGUUAGGAGGGCCAUAGACCAUAAUGUGGUUUUAUUAUCAGUAUAUUUUAUACCUCCUCCACACAACACUCAACAAAGGGGGGUAAUUCAGAUUAUCUUCUCACUUCACAAGUACGGGUUAAUAACCCUCAGUGAAAAGGAAAUAUUAAAUGUUCACAACUGGUAUACUUGUACUAGCUAUAGGUCUUGUUUUGAGGAGAGAGUGCUGUAUGGAUACCUAGCGUAAGGUUGCAGCAGACUUGUAUGACUAUGCAGGGAGAUAUGGACAGACUACGAAGAACUACUGAGAAGUAUUGUUUAUAGACAAGGUUAACAAUGUGGUGGACUUUCCAGUAAAACCCUUCUUUAAGCCUGGGUAUGUGUGACUCUUGAGUGUGUAUGAAUAUCAUUGAAGGAAAAGUGUGUAACCACAGAAGGAAGGAGAUAGCUGUCACAUACACAGGGAGGACUUCACAUCAUGGGGACCAAGGUGCAAGCCCUGCAGCAAUGGUGCAAGAAGCAGGCGGAUGGCUAUCGGGAUGUGGACGUCGUAAACAUGACAUCCUCAUGGAAGAGUGGCAUGGCGUUUUGUGCAAUCAUCCAUAGGUACCGACCCGACCUGAUUGACUAUGAUGCUCUUUCCAAAGAAAAUGUGUUGGAGAACAAUAGUCUGGCAUUUGAAGUGGCGGACAGAGAGCUGGGGAUUCCUGCACUACUGGAUGCUCCGGACAUGGUUGCCAUCAGAGUUCCCGACAAACUGAGUGUCGUCACAUACGUUUCCCAGUAUUACAAUUACUUCCACAACAAACCUCCGUUGGGAGGACCAGGAGUGAAGAAGUCAGUGAAGAGGCACCAGAAUGAGGACAAAUCAGGACCGGAGGCCAAACGCCAAACUCUGAAUGCUGUCAAUGAAUCGCCAAUAAAAGAGAAACAAGUGUCCAUGGGUGAUAAGUGUGGAAUUUGUAAGGACAAGGUGUAUUUAAUGGAACGGCAUAUAGAAAACGGUAAGCUCUACCACAGGGCUUGUUUCCGUAAAAGUGAACUCUCUCCUACUACAAAAAUGAUCACAAAAGCUGAACAUGAGCAACAGGAGACUAAGGAAGCAAAGAAACCAGACUUCUGGAGAAGAAGAGCUGAUGCCAAGAAAAGUGAACAAGUAAAAAAGGAAGAAAUUAAGGAUGAAUCUCAGCAAAAACAGGAGAAAACAAGAACAACUAAAGCAAAGUCUUUGAAUUUCUUGGAUCACAGUAACGAUGAAAACAAGUCUAAAUUCAAAGACAACAGACACGAAGAAAAAAUGGAAGUUUCAUAUUCUAAUGGCCAUCUCAAAGAUGAUAAGGUUAAGGAUGAUAAGAAUUCUCAUAGGCCAGUUCCCAAAGCACGCAAUAUUACAUCACCCACAGAAAGUCAAGCUACAUCUAAAACAAGCUCAAAUGAACCAGAAAAACGAAGCUCUGUGCCAAAAUUUGAAUUUAAAUCUAAGAUUGUUUCCUCUGCUCCAAAAGCAAGUGUUGUUUCUAAAGUUGACAUGGACACUGCCAAACCCCAGCCUGCAGUGAGACACUCUGCCCCAGUGAAGCCGUCACAGUUGUCUGAAGCCACACAGCUUCCUCAAGACUCAGAAUCGCCCCCACCUCUGCCUAAAAAUCAGCCACCAAAUAUGUUGUCAACAGCAAAUAAAGACAAUAACACAAAACCUUCAGGACUUCAUCUUAAAACUAGUGAGGGUAAAGUUAAGGAUGUAUCUGCUAAACAGCGGGAUUCUGAAUCCUCCAUUUUUAGUCACAUUUCAAAACGUGACUCUCAUGGUCUCAAACUUUCUAGUGCAUCCAAAUCCAAGGAUGGUGGAAAUGAAAAAAGUGUCACUGACAAGGACACAGAGCCAGUGGCUGUGCUGAUGAGUCCCACCAGUCCGGAACCGCACAAUCCAAAAGUCCUGGGUGGUCUACUGAAAAACCUGGCUAACAUUCGACAAAGGAAAGAUUCCGUGGAUGAAGUGAAUAAAAAAGUGACAUCACCAAAUUCUGAAGGUAAACAAAAGAAAAUCUUUGAUUGGCAGACCAACAAAACAACUGCUGAGAACAGAAAGGAAGUGAAAAGUCUUGACUCAACAGAGGUUAAAGGCAAAGCAGCUCAAAGAGCAGAAAAGGCCAAAUCUGUGGAUUUUCUGGCUGGAAAGAAGACAUUUGUUAGUGAGAAAAAAGAGCAUGAAAAACCUAAAAUUAAAACAGAUUUAACUAUCAGUGAUGAGGAACCAGCCUGGAAAAAAGCAUUGGAAGAGCGAAAGAAAAAGAGAGAUGAAAGACCAAAAUCGGCUGACUUGCUCUCUGAAAAGAAGGAUGAAAAUACAAGACGUGUAGUGUCUAUGGAUGUGCCAAAAGAAAAGGAUGAAAGACCAGCAUGGCAGAUUGAAGCUGAGAAACGAAAGGCAGCAAGACAAGGUGGAUAUGUGGACCCAGAAAAAGCUAAGCUUGAAAAAGGUGAAACCAAAGACAAUUCUAACGAGAAAACUGCUGGUGGUGUAGCAAAACAGUUGAUACUUCCAAGUUCAAUUGCAAAGGAAGAACCAAAAUUAUCUGAGCCAGAAAAAAAGAUAAUUUCUGUUGGGAAAAAGUUUGAUUUCAAAUUGUAUGAUAAUGAACAUGAGAAAAAGGUGAAGGAUAAACCCCCUCGACCUCCCCCAAUGAGUCCUAGCUCAGGGCUCAAAUCUCACCAUGGCCUCUCCCCAGCUGUCUCCAAUAAACUCGUCUCCACCAAGAAAAUGUCAGCACCCUCACCUCCAAUAUCAUCCAGGCCCAGAUCAGAGAUCAAGACCUUCGGGGACAUGAAGAGGCUUUCUCCUCAGGAGAUCCAACAGCAGCUGAGUGACAUUGACCAUCGGUUGACAGAUCUGGAGAUCAGGGGCAGACAACUGGAGGAGUCCAUCAGAAAGGAUCAUGAAGAGGAAGAUGAAGGCUUAAUGAUAGAAUGGUUCACACUGGUCAAUGACAAGAACGAACUUGUACGCACGGAGGCCGAUCUCAUCUACAUAUCUAGAGCACAAGAACUUGAGGAUGAGCAGGAGAGAAUAGACAGAGAGCUUAGAAAACUUCUGGACAAACCAGAGGAUCACAAAACUGAUGAGGACAAAGAACAGGAGGAACGCUUGCUGCAGCAAAAAGUGGACCUAGUCAACCAGAGGAGUCUGAUUGUGGACUGUCAGGAUGAGGACCGCAUCAGAUAUGAAGAAGAAGAUCGGGACAUUGCUGAAAUACUGGCAAAAAAAGACUUCUGCAGAAAGGAUUCAGAAGUAGAAGAUUCAAAAGAAGAAACAAAGAUCAAAUCAAAAGAAGAAAGAAAGGCUGAAAAGAAGAAGAAGAAAAAGAACAAGAAAGAGAAGAAAAACAAAAAAGAGGACCCCUAAAAAAUACUUGUCUUUGUUCAGAUAUUAUAUGUUAUACUGGUAUGCAUCACCAUGGAAGAACUUUUUGCUAAAAGAGCUCAAGUACUUCCGUAUUAUUUUUCUCCCAGAAAUGAGACACUAUUUUUCAACAAAAAUCAUCAUUUUAUACUAAAACUUUUUUUCAUUUAACAAAAUUCAGUUCAUCUUUACAAAAAAUUGUGCUUAUUUAAAAAAGAUUGCUGUAGAAGAAUUCCUAUUCCUAUUUCCUGUAUAUGAAAUACCCUUUCUCUAUAGCACCAGGUCUCUGUUUUACAUGUACAUCACUGACAGGUGACUAAAUAUGUGACUUGACAACUACAGAUUUUGUGUGUGGAUUACUAGUACUUGAUGUUAGGGGCCAGCUCCUGUGUAUCAAGAGGUUAUGGGAUUUUUUUCUUCAUGUAGUUCUCUUUGCUGACAUAAAUCAUUGUCCUGUUUUACAAAAUGUAAACACAUCAAAAAGAUGACAAAGAGUAACAACUUUAUCCCCUUGACCUAGGAGAAGAUUUUGAGUCCUAAUAAAUAUAGUUUUCAACCACAUGAACCAUAUCUGUAUUUACUUUAAAUGUCAGCAUCAGUAUUUUUGGAACAGUAAGAUGUCUGUUAAGCCAUGAAAUACUGAAAGAUGUGAGACUGAUCUUGGAGAAUUAUAUAGCCUGGUGUGUAUUUGUGAUAUUGUUAUACUUAACAAAUUUUGUCCGAGACAAAGAUUUUAAGAUAAUUAUUGGUAAUAUUUGAUUGGACCAUAAUAGACCAAACAAAACUCAUUGCAUUUGACAUAGGUCUGGUGUCUAAACAUUCCGCGAUUCAUCGAGUCGUAUACAACACAUUCCGAUCUUUUAGUAUUUUGAAUCAAUAUAUGUAUAUUUUUAAUGUUGCAUACAUUUAUUCACAUUUUGUUUGUGAGUUUCCAUACUGCUUCUGCUAGAUCUAAAUGCAUUGUUAUAGUACCAGAUAGUAUUUUUGAUUUUUAUAUGCAUUUACACCUACACAUAGUACAUGUGUAUAUGAAAUGGUACUGGGUAAAUGUACUUUAUUUUACUUAUAGUAAAUGUACCAUUAGUGUAAUAAUUGCCUUGUUUAGAUGAUGUCUCUAAGUGCAUUGCCAUGCGACAUACUUUUUCUCAUUCAAUACAGUUAUUUUUUUAAAUCUUGAAUUACUAUUUAUUGUCUGAUGGUAAAUGUUGCCAAAUAACCAUAAUUCUGAUAAAAUUACAGCUGGGUUAAUGUUAACCCAAUUGUUUUGUUGUGGGUUUUUUUUUUCAGAGAGAGAGAGUGCAUGGAUGAUGAAGCCAAAAACAAAAAUGAUGUAAUUGCAGCUGUUAAAAGUUUCAAAAUUCUUCUGUUAUGUUAAAAUGUACUGUCUCUUUACAUGCAUCAUAUACACUUAAUGCUAUUUUGAUUAUCAUGGAAUGUCUAUAUACCUCAAAUACUAGUAUGUGCUAUGCAUUUAUACUAAAUAUCAUUAGUCCUUUUGAAAAGACAAGUAAAUAGCUUCGCCAGUACUGGUAGUACCUGAUGUUUGAACAUUUUAGAUUCGUAGUUGCUGAUUAAUAGUUAUAAUUUUUUCUGACAGUCAAAGCUCCUCUAUUGUCGAAUGCCUUGGUCCUAUGAUCCUAUAUGUUGUUUUGUUUGUAUAUUGUGUGUACAAGCUGUGCCUGGGUAACUGCUGGUCAGUCUCAGCCAGUGUAAACCAAGGAAUGGGGGGGGGGGGGGUAGUGGCUACUGUGUUUAUCUACAUAGACUAAUCAGUAGAGUUGUACUAUGAACUCCCUUAUAAGCAUUGUGGUUUGUUCUCUGUAUGAUAUUAUGAAGGUUUUAGACUGUUUUAAAGAGAGGUUAUUGUCUCCACAGCUUAACUAAACAUUAUUUUUGUUCUGUCAGUGAGAAUUGAUUGAACUUUUUACAGACCUGAACAAUUCUUUAAAAACUCUAUAGUUACAGAGUGGUUCAUUUAUAUUCAUUGGCAACAAUUUUCUUGGAUUUAGUUUAUAAUAAUUCAUAGCUUCAAUGAUACAUUAAUUUAUGGAAAAUAGUCUCACCAAUAGGACUUUUUUGUUAUUUCUUUAAACACCUUAACAAUAAAAUUCAUUAAAACUGAUGACACCACAAUAUCCCUGAAUGUGUUACAUAAUAUAUUAACCUCUCCACAUUUGUAUUGUUGUUUUAUUGAAAGGGGAGAGAUUUUGUGUUCUUAAUGACCAUACAUUCCUAUUCCUUUUUUUUUUAAAUAAAAGAAUUAAAAUGAAUAGAAGUUUCAAUCGGGUGAUUUAGAAUAUUUUCUGUUUAAAUUGCUUACAAAUCAUAUGCAACUGUUACAUAAUUAUCUGUUUUAUAAAAUACUGUUGUUUUUACUUGCUUGUGAGGAUGAUGUACUGUCCUAUGCUGCUAGCAAAGCAUCAUAUUAUAUUGUAGCUUUUAAGUUUCAAUGAUAAAAAGUCUAAAUUUGGA